CGUUUACCGCCAGUGUCAUAAUCAGUGCGAAAUCAGCCGCCGUUGUUGUAUUAUCAUCCAUAUAAUUUUUUAACAUUAUUGAUAAUAACAAGAAAAUUAAUUUUAUUAAUAAUAGUAAUAAUAAUAAAAUUGUUAUGUGUAUAAUUAUGUAUUAUAGAGUUUACUGUUAGUAGUUGUGUUUAUAAUAGUUUUCCAAUGUGGUAAAUAAAUGUGUAUCAUGCGAUUAAGGAUUAUGUUGGAUGUUCCUCGUGUACUAGCAGAAUAAAAUAAAAAGAUAUAUUUAUCGGUAUUUCAUACAUUUGGUUUUUAUAAAACUAAUUUAAUGGAGAAUACUACUUCUACCGCAUUUACAAUUGAUAAUCAACCGUCAAAUAAAAAUAAUAACGAAUUGAAAAACGGGGAUAAUAUCGAAGAUUGUCAACAACAACAUCAAAGACGGCAAAGGGCAACCGGAAACGGUCGGUGGUGUACCAGCAGCACUCGAUCACGGUCAUCUACAUCAUUUCUCAUUCACAAUUUACUUAUAUCUCGUUCGGGCGAUGCUACUGACGUGCAAACACCUAUAUCUCCUCCAUCACUUCCGCUGGUUGAACAAGAAAACGAUAAUGAGGAUUCUAGUAAUAAUAGUAGCAGCAGUGAAAGCAAAAGUAGAAGUUGUAGUCCACAAGAGAUGCAACUGUCAUCCCCCGUAAUGGACGUUAAUGAAGAAAAAGAAGACAUUGACGGAAUGUACGAUGCAGAACACUAUAGAGUUAAGAGACGUAAAUGCACAAUUCCUUUUAGAAGAAGAACGGCUAAGAAAAAAGAGAGCGUCAGUACUAAUGCAAGCGGUGAUAGUGAUAUUGAAAAAAGAGAAACUGACAAAGAAUCAGCAUCACUAAAAGUUUCAGAAGAGGAUUCACAAACCCAAUCAAUGCAAACUCAACCGCCGCCUAUUUCAAUAUACCUAUCCACAGCUAUGAAUCAUCAACAUCAACUAUCUGCACUACAAUCAUCAAUCCAAACACCUACUUCAACGUCAACCACGCCGGUAUCGUCGUUAAACUUCAGUGUAAACGCCAUUCUCAGUGGCGGCGGUGGAUGUUCGAAUGGGCGAAGCAAUAGUACUAGUAGCAACUGUAGCACCGGAAGUAACGGGAGUAACGGGUCCAGUGUUGGAUAUGGUGGAAAAAUCAUGCCACAUCAACAAAAUAUCUAUGACACCGGUCAACAGCACAACCAACACUUGGCUUCUGCUGCUUUUUUGCGAAUUACAGCAGCAGCCGCUGCAGCUUCCGCGUCAUCGCCUUCUGGUCCCAUGUUUUACCAUCACCAUCAUCUCGCUUCGGUCGCCGCACUACACCAUCACCAGCAACGACAGCAGCAACAGCAAUUGCACCAAAACCGAGUACAGCACGCUGUAAACUGCAGCCCGUCGCCGACGCCUCCGCCGUCUUGCAGUCUUCCGGCCGCCGCGUCCAACACGCCGUCCACUUGUACCUUCUUGACGGACUCCACCAGCACACUGACCACUGCAACAUCGCAACCGGCACAAUCUCUCAGGACCAUAGCCAAGCCCAUCGCACGCAGACCCGCCAACGCGGCGAAUCCCAACGCGGGUUCCAACGGCAAUGUCCACAACUCCGCACUGCUGCCGCUGGCCUCCGCAAGUUUGGCGUCCAACGGUGGUCCAUCGAGUGGCGGCGGCGGUGGCGGCGGCGGAGGCAGUGGCGGAGGUCAUGCGAACAACGCCAAUGACAGUGCCAGUGGCGGUGGCGGCGCAAACGUCUGCAACUCAACCGCACUGUCGAACACGUCCAUUUCGUCUUCCUCUACUCCCGGUCCAGGACGACCUAAUGGCUCAGGAACAAACAGGUUCCCUAUAGUACACCCUCAGUACAAUUAUCGUCAUCAUUUAGCUCAUCAACAUCCUCACACUCAUCAUGAAAUCCUCAUGAUGCAGUCUCGAUCAAAUGGAGUAUCUAGCUCCAAUAACGGAACAUCCAACUCUAUGGCUGCUGUUCCUCCUUCGCCUUUUUCAUCUUCCACCACGUGGCCUUAUAGUGCGGGAUCCAGUGCAAACGGAGCCGGAUCUGUGCAUAUAACCGGAACGAAUGCACAUCAUCAUAGAAUUACGCCAUUGCACCAUCAUCAGCAUCAUCCGUCAGCAACAACCAUGCUAUUAAUGAGCACCAACAACAACACCUUGAACGUGAUGAACGGGGUAGUGGUCGGUGGAAAUAACAGGGGAAAACCACGGAGGGGCAUGAUGCGACGGGCGGUGUUCUCUGACGCGCAACGAAAAGGCUUGGAACGUCGGUUUCAGGUGCAAAAGUACAUUAGCAAACCGGAUAGAAAGCGAUUGGCUGACAAGUUAUCGUUGAAAGAUUCACAGGUAAAGAUAUGGUUCCAAAACCGACGGAUGAAGUGGCGCAACACCAAGGAACGAGAACUACUGGCGGCCGGCACGGGUUGUCGCGAACAGACGUUGCCGACGAAAAACAACCCCAACCCGGACCUGAGCGACGUGACUACGACGUCCACGGCGACGUCCAAUAGCGGCGCGUUGCCGUCUUCGUCGACGGCCACAGGGACAACGCCGACCUCGGGAUCAGGAGCUGCGACGUCGGCGACGCUGCAGGCAUCGGCAGGAGGUCAACAACAGGACAAAAAAAAUACCAACGGCAUGAAAAACAAUCAUCAGCAUUCACACCACCACCAUCAGCAGCAGCAGCAGCAGCAGCAUCAUCAUCAUUCGGUCCAACAGAAGCAGAUGGUACCUCAGAAGAAGAUCAACGUGGCGGUGGAUCAGAUGCUGCUCAACAGGGGCGGCGGCGGUGGUGGCGCAGGCGGCCCGCCACUAGUAGUCAGGCAACAGCAAGUGUUGUAGUAAAAUUACGAUAAC